AACAUCUCACCUGAAGCCUCCACGUCCUGCACGUUCUCCUGAGGGUUCCUCGGCUCCAGGGGUUCUGUGUUCUGGUGUCUGGGUCCCUCUGCUGGACGGAGGGGGAAGUUCUGCUGCUGGAUCCUGUGUGAUGGUUGGCUGACCUGCUUCAGAGAUGAACAGCGGUUUGACCACCAGAGGAACUGUGUCACGGAAACUCCACUACAUAAGAACUUUCUGGAGCUGCAGCUUGAAGACAUUUUAGCUGUGAGACGUUGAGAGGACAGGAUGGAGGAGUUGAUCUGAUCUGAAGACAUCACAGCGGAGGUUCCAGCGCUGCAGGAUGGGCUGCACAUGCAGUGGAGAGAAACAGAUAAACGGUGGAACUUUCUACAAAAUAAAAUCCAACUCUGAGGCCUCAAACCACAUCGCUCGGAGUGGAAACACCUACACAGAUCAUGAAGACGUCGUGUUCGUGGCUCAACACGACUUCAAGGCGACCAACGACACCGACCUGCCGUUCAGGAAAGGAGACCGGCUCAAAGUCCUGCAGGAGAAUGGAGAGUGGUGGUUGGCCAAGUCCCUGGUCAGCGGACAGGAAGGAUUCAUUCCUUCCAACUAUGUGGCCCGAGCAGAUACUCUGGAGGUGGAGAAGUGGUUCUUCAAAGAUCUGAGCAGGAGAGAAACCGAGCGGCUGCUGAUGGUUCCUGGAAACAAACCCGGAGCUUUUCUGGUCAGAGAGAGUGAAACCUGUAAAGGUUCCUUCUCGCUGUCCAUCAGAGACAGCGGAGAUAAAGAAGGAGAUGUGGUGAAACACUACAAGAUCCGCUGUCUGGAUAAAGGAGGUUACUACAUCUCACCUUCCAACACCUUCAGCACCCUGCAGGAGCUGGUCAGAUACUACAGCCGAACGGCAGACGGUCUGUGCCAGCGGCUCUACGCUCCCUGUAAACCCAGAGCUCCUCAGCAGCCGUGGGCUCAUGAUGAGUGGGAGAUUCCCAGAGAGACGCUGAAGAUGGUGAAGAAGCUGGGAGCCGGUCAGUUUGGAGAGGUCUGGAUGGGUUACUACAAGGACAACCAGAAAGUGGCCAUAAAAACCCUGAAGGAGGGAACCAUGGAGCCCGAGGCCUUCCUGCAAGAGGCCAACCUGAUGAAGCAGCUGCAGCACCAGCGCCUCGUACGGCUGCACGCCGUCGUCACCAAGGAGCCCAUCCUCAUCGUCACCGAGUUCAUGGUUAACGGAUGUCUGCUGGACUUCCUAAAAACAGACGAAGGAAAGAAGCUGAAGCUGAACAAGCUGAUCGACAUGUCGGCUCAGGUGGCAGAGGGAAUGGCCUACAUCGAGAAGAAGAACUACAUCCACAGAGACCUGAGAGCAGCAAACAUCCUGGUCAGCGACACGCUGAGCUGUAAGGUGGCCGACUUUGGGCUGGCCCGGAUCAUCGAGUCCGAGUACACGGCUCAGGAAGGAGCAAAGUUCCCCAUCAAGUGGACCGCCCCGGAGGCCAUCAACUUCGGAACCUUCAGCAUCAAAUCAGACGUCUGGUCCUUCGGCGUCCUGCUGACAGAGAUGGUGACGUACGGACGCAUCCCCUAUCCAGGUAUGACCAACCCGGACGUGAUCCGCUGUCUGGACCGCUUCUACCGGAUGCCGUGUCCCGACGGCUGUCCUCAGGAGCUCUACGACGUCAUGAUGAUGUGCUGGAGGCAGAAACCCGAGGACCGGCCCACCUUCGACUUCCUGCAGAACCUCCUCAACGACUUCUUCACCGCCACAGAGGGCCAGUACGAGAUGCAGCCCUGAGAGCAGAACAGAACCUGAACAGAACCCGAGGACAGAACCAGGACACAGAACCUGAACAGAACCCAAACCCAGAACCUGAACACAGAAUCCAAAGACUGGCCCACCUUUAAGUUCCGGCAGAACCUUCUGAGCGACUUUUUCAUCGCCACCGAGGGCCAUGCAGCCCUGACAGCAGAACCAGAACAGAACCUGAGCAGGUGUCUGGAAGGUCCAAACGCCUCCUUCCUGACUGCCACCAGGUUCUUCUAAAGUGGAGCUGUUCCUGAUGGACCCAGUGAGAACGUUUAAAGGAGGCGCUCUGGUUCUGCAGAAACGGGUUCUGUUUGAAGCGGUUCUGCAGAAACGGGUUCUGUUUGAAGCGGUUCUGUAGAAACGGGUUCUGUUUGAAGCGGUUCUGCAGAAACGAGACGAGCAGCCUGAGACUGAAAGCAGUUUUUUGCACUUUUUCUGUUUCUUCAAUCAGCUGAUCUGUAAAAGAAGCUUCAAGAAAAAAUAUCCUGCAUUUAUGUUUUUAUAAAUAAAUACUCAUGUUAUUAUUUA